AUGAAUUCUCCCGACACUCUCAGUUAUGACAGCGACCUACCCAGCGAAGAACAAGCACCAUCGCAUCCAAAGCUCAAAAUCCAAGCCAAAUUCCAGAUCGCCCGCCCACCCCCCAAAUCCCACCAACUUCUCCGCCUCAGUCCCAAACUGAUCCUCCAAAUCCAACAACUACCUCCAAACCACCGCCCAGUCCCCGUUUUAGAAAUAUGGCAGCCACCACUGCGCAAAUCCAAGUUAACACGGGGAUUCCCACAUCAACCAAAACUCGGCGCGAGGGAUAUCUACGCCACACUCAACGAGCCCUAUGUCACGACCACGCAAAAGCAGCGCGCGGUAUCAGAACCCAGCGAGCAAUGCGCGCAGGACAAAGAUAUCGUUGCGGCCAUGUGUAGCCAGUCUUCGAACGAAGAGACCGCAUCAGCGAUCCAUUUCAGAGAUGCCAGAUGUAUAUGGCAAGCCUGUCCAGCUUCUACGGCAACACAGAGCUCCAGCACGGCAGGAUCCGAGCAGGCGUCGAAUUACCGCUUCACGAUCGUCAACGCGGAAAAUACAGGGGGCGAGGAAGGCCGAAUGCUGAUGCAGUGGGAGAGACGGCUGGACGGCGAGAAGGGCGAGCAGUUCGUUUUGGUGGCUAUUGAUCGGAAGGCGCGGCGGAAGAGUAGAAUUGCGAGUAUGACGAGGGAUGGGGUCGAGAUUAAUGUGCGGAAAAGUUCUGUUUUGGAGCAUUUGCGGUUGUGUUUGUUGUUGACGGAUCCGGUGGCGGGGUCGGCGGGGGACGAUUUUUAUGGGAAUUUGGAGAUUUGGCUUUAUACCCAUGUUUUGACGUUGGGUGUGUGGGUUGCUUCUAUGGAGGGCUGGUUGAGCUUAUAG